CAAGCAGCCAUCUGGCUUGGAGGUUUGAUCAUUACGGGAAAGUCUGCAAACACAUGUGGACACAUGUGGACACAUGUGGACAUCUUUGUGAUCUGGAGGCGACCUGAAGUCAAACCAAAACCAAAACCAGAACAGUUUGUUGACAGAACUCUUGAGUCAAAUGUUUGCUGCGCCAUUAAACACCGUGAAGAGAGACGAGGCGGUCCAUCAGCUUGUCUUAACUGAAUAACAAUUCAUGUCACAGCCAGCCUGAACGUCCGGGGCAUGGAAACUUGCCAUAACACUGGGAUAUGUCGGCCUGGGACAGUCGCGGAGUGACAGCGUACGGAACAGCAUUAGGUGCGCUCUAAAACAUCUCCCGAUACAGCAUGAAGACAUUCGAUGAGAUCCUGCAACACGUGGGGGAGUUUGGAACUUAUCAGAAGAGGAUAUUCUUCUUUCUGUGUCUCCCCUCGGUGGUCACAUCGUUCCUCACGUUCAGCUCCAUCUUCACAAUGUACAUACCCCCUCACAGAUGUGCAGUCCCCGGCCUCAGUAACGACACCUACGCCAUACAGGGAGACAACCAUCGUCGUCUGGUCAACUUCACCAUUCCCAUUAAAGAUGGUGCAUACUCCAAAUGUGAUGUCUACACGGAUGACGUCACAGACCUUGCUAAAAGGUCAGACAACUCCAGUCAGUCCCAGUGCAGCGAAUGGGUGUACGACAAAUCAAUUUUUACAUCAACCAUAACAGAAGAUCUAUCCCUGGUGUGUGACAACGUGGUGAUGCGGUCCCACUCCAACAUGGCGGUGAUGGCGGGGAUGCUGGUUGGCUCGUUCGGGCAGAGUAUCAUCAGUGAUAUGUUUGGGCGGAAGAAGGCGUGCAUGAUCUUCCUGUUUAUGUUGAUUUGUGUCGGCUUCCUGAACUACGUCAUCCGUGACUUCGCUUCCCUCAUCAUCAUCCGUUUCCUUACUGGCUGCGGGACAACAUCGGUGGGCAUUGCAUGCUACGUUAUGGCAAUUGAACUGGUAGCUCCCGCAAAACGUGUCUACACUGGAAUGGGAGGCCUGUUUCUAUGGAUGCUGGGGAUGCUUCUGAUGUCUGGUGUGGCCUAUUUCCUCCGAGACUGGCACAAUUACGUCCUCGCUCUGGCAGGCCCUUCAGUCUUCUUCCUCUCCUACUGGUGGAUUGUGCCAGAGUCUCCAAGGUGGCUGAUGUCCAAAGGCAGGUUUGAAGAAGCAGAAGUCAUCAUCCGGAAGUUUGCAAAGGUCAACAAGACUACGCUUCCAGAAGACAUGUUUGAUGGUAAAUGUGUGGAGGAGACUGAUACACCCAAGGGCAAACUGUCUGAGCUGCUGACAAACAGAACCCUGGCGAUUCGCUGUCUGAUCAUCAACUUCCACUGGGCCGUCUGCAGUUUGAUCUACUAUGGGUUAACAUUGAAUGUCACCAACCUCAGCGGCAAUGUCAUUAUCAACUUCGUGCUCUCUGGGCUGGUGGAGGCGGUGGGGUAUGUGCUGACACUGUUCCUGCUCAAUAGACUUGGCCGGAAGUGGCUGCAUUGCAGCUUCUUGCUGGGCGGGGGUCUUGCCUGUCUCGCCACCAUCUUCCCAGUCCUCUAUGCUGCAGAGGACAGCAAGUGGACCCUGGUCGUGUUGUCCCUUGGAGGCAAGAUGGGGGCGGCAGGGGCGUUUUCAACGCUUUACAUCUUCACUGUCGAACUUUACCCAACCCCCGUCCGCAACACUGCUGUUGGUGUCGGGAGCAUGUGCUCUAGAAUAGGGGGGAUCAUUUCCCCCUACAUAGCAGAUCUGAGCAUGCUGGUGAAGGGCGGGUUUGGAGAAGCUCUUCCCCUCAUGGUGUUCGGUUGUGCGGCGGUAUCGGCGGGAGUGUUGACCUUCUUCCUCCCAGAGACCCUCAACCAAGACCUGCCGGAGACCAUCGAGGACGCCAAGAACAUUGGCAGAUCCGGGUCGAAGUGUGCGUCCAAUGUGUACAACAUGAGGAGGCCUCUAGAUGGCCAGGACAAUGCUGUGUUUACCCUGUCUGUGAAGAGCAAGGACUGAAAUCAACAUAAAGUGACUGUGAACGCACCCCACAUAAUUUUGUGUGUGUAUUGAUUAAAUGCGUAUUUUAAUAA